CUAGAGGAAAGAAAUAAUAAAAACUAUAAAUAGUGAUUUCUGACACAUCUAAUUACAACCUGAUGUAAUAGAUUGCUUUAAUCUAUAAAAGAAAGAAAGUUUAUCAUAUCUGAUGUUAAACCUGAAUUUUGGUCUAUCUAAUGGUUUUCGCAAAUUAUAGCGAUACCAAAGAGGUGCUUUAAUGAUGAUGUUAACAUCCAGCCUCCAACGACUGGCUUUUGAGUCAUGCUUCGAAUGCUGGAUCGAAUGAAUUUGACUCAUUUCUCGAUACUCAUCGUCAUGACGGCUGUGUGUGCCAUACAUCGUUGUUGCUGUACAGAGCAGCACUUUGACUGCCCCCUGGCCCAGCACCUCAGUCCUUGCACUUGCACUGCGAGAGUCUACGGGCUGGACGUCGUAUGUACGGACAUAAGUUCAGUGCAGCUGAGAGAAGUAAUGGAUGUGGUCAGUCUGACCAGGCAAACUAUAUGGUUCCUGCGCAUCACGCGUGCUGAGCUUUCACAAUUCCCUUUGAAACUGUUAGACGGGCUGGAUCUUCAGAAUCUGAUACUCGUCCAGUCUAACAUCACGACGCUGGACAGCGGUUCUCUGGCGGGAGAUGCAUCCCGCGUCGAAUCGCUGGACCUUUCCAAAAACUGUCUGACCAAGGUGCCAUCGCAAGCCCUGUCUGGCCUGAAAGAGCUGGCUGCCCUAAGCCUGGACUACAAUUGCCUGGAGACUCUGGAGGCCCACGUUUUCAGUGACCUCGUGUCCCUUCUGUGGCUGUCCCUUUACGGCAAUCGCAUAAGGCUCAUAGACAGUCGUGCUUUCUUGGGGACGGAGGGAAGCCUGACGAGGCUGAACCUGGGGGGCAAUCGUCUCGGUCAAGUGCCUCGCUACGCACUCCAAAGGCUGAACUGUCUGCAAGGUUUGAGAUUGCACGACAACAACAUAUCUGAUAUUUUAGUUGAGAACUUGCCGACAUCGCUUUGUGAUUUAGAUUUGUCUGGCAAUGACAUAGAAUACUUAGAAGCGGAGGCUUUUGUGACUUUAAAGCAUUUGACUGCUCUGGAUCUGGAAGAUAACAAAAUUAGAGGAAUACACGAAGAUGCUUUCAAAGGAAUUCAUGAUUCGUUAGAAUGGCUGAAGUUAGGAGGAAACAAACUGAAUCACAUACCACAGGUUGCUCUUCGGAAUUUCAGUCACCUUCGCCAACUGGAUUUGCGCUGCAAUUCUAUUCCAAGCAUUGAAGCUCAAUCUUUUCAAUUCUAUGGAAGAACACUCAAGUUUAUUUUUCUCCAGAAAAACAAAAUUCAAAGAAUUGCUGAAGGAGCUUUAGAUGUUUUGGAAUCAGUUGAAUGGCUGUAUCUGCAUUCUAACGAGCUGAAGGAGUUGCGCUUCAACACAUUUAGAAACAUUAUCGAUAAUCUUCAUGUUCUUGAUUUACAUGGUAAAUUCCUCAUUUCUCUAACUAUUUACUCGAGAAACUUUCAUAUUCUUUGUUGCUAG